GCGGCAACGGCAGGAGUUGGAGAGGCGGACGCGGUGGCUGCCGCUCCUCCGCACCAGGCGCUCCGAGAAGCGCCUCGACGGGACGGACGUAGCGCUCCAGCCAGCCUCAGGCGCUGCUCCCGAUGGGCCCGACGGGGCGGCUCCCGGCUAUUCUGCUGCUGUUGCUGCUGCAGCUAUUUCCGACGGAAGGCUCUCAUUCUCGGAAGCGAAGAGGGCUCCUCCAACUGGCUGGGGCCAUUCAGUGCACAACUGGGCGCACUCCUUUUGCCUACAUGCGCUAUGGGUGCUUCUGCGGUUUGGGGGGCAACGGCUGGCCCAACGACAAAGUAGACUGGUGCUGCUUUAAACAUGACUGUUGUUAUGGAAAAGCAGAGAAAGCCGGCUGCGCACCCAAAACAGAGAGCUACCUGUGGGAGUGCGAGGACAAUGCUGCCAAAUGUGAUGAUAUCAAAGACAAAUGCCAAAAAAUGGCCUGCAAGUGUGACCGUGAGGCAGCCAAGUGUUUGGCGAAAGCACCCUACAAUUCAACAUACAUUUUUUGGCCAGAGGCUCGGUGUGGAACAUCCAGCCCUCCUUGUGAAGAUGAUUAAGACACAUCAUCACUCAAGCUUGCCGUGGAGGAGGGCAGGCAAUGGGGCUGGAUAAAGACUCAUGUUUU